AGGAAAGUCCCGUAGAAGCGGUUGAGGAAGUCUUGGGUCCGGCGAGCUUUUCAGCUCUUAUCUCUCAGCUGACUCGGGCGAAGACACACCUGCGAGCCCGGAGGGAAGGAAACCACCGCGCAAGAAAAGAGCACGCGGUCAGGCAGCUGCGAGGCAGAACCGAACUCUGUGCAGGGUCCUCAGAGGCCGGUCCUGGUCGGCGCCGCUCUACUCAAGGCCAUGGUGCUGGCGGAGCCCUGGGCGAUCCCCAGGUGAGAGCCGCGGCUCCGCCCGGGAUCCCACUGCGGAAGAACUGAGUAAAUGCGGGGUAGGGAAGAAGAUGCUGCCCUCACUGCUCCCCGGUAACACCCAGGGGGGCCGCAGUUGCGGCAACAGCAGCAGAAAGCACAGCAGGGGCCGGAGCGGCUGGAGCUGCUGGUAAAGUCGCCCAGCAGCUCUUUCUCCGUAGUACACGAGUUGACAAAACAGCCGAAGAACAGGGGUCCCCAUUACAAUCUCCUUCGAGGUCUUUUUCCUUGCUACUCGGGGCUGAUUGAUGCGGAAACAUGCCUUGCACUUGUACUUGGAGGAACUGGAGACAGUGGAUUCGACCUCUGGCGGUGGUCAUCUACCUGGUGUCCAUAGUGGUUGCGGUUCCCCUGUGCGUGUGGGAAUUACAGAAACUGGAGGUUGGAAUCCACACCAAGGCUUGGUUUAUUGCUGGAAUCUUUUUGCUGUUGACUAUACCUAUAUCACUCUGGGUGAUAUUGCAACAUUUAGUACAUUAUACACAACCUGAACUACAGAAACCAAUAAUAAGGAUUCUUUGGAUGGUACCUAUAUACAGUUUAGAUAGCUGGAUAGCUUUGAAAUAUCCCAGCAUUGCAAUAUAUGUGGAUACCUGCAGAGAAUGUUACGAAGCUUAUGUCAUUUACAACUUUAUGGGAUUCCUGACCAAUUAUCUAACUAACCGGUAUCCAAAUCUGGUAUUAAUCCUUGAAGCCAAAGAUCAGCAAAAACAUUUCCCUCCUUUAUGUUGCUGUCCACCAUGGACUAUGGGAGAAGUAUUGCUGUUUAGGUGCAAACUGGGUGUAUUGCAGUAUACAGUUGUCAGACCAUUCACCACCAUCGUUGCUUUAAUCUGUGAGCUGGUUGGUGUAUAUGAUGAAGGGAACUUUAGCUUUUCAAAUGCUUGGACUUACUUGGUUAUAAUAAACAAUAUGUCACAAUUGUUUGCCAUGUAUUGUCUCCUGCUAUUUUAUAAAGUACUGAAGGAAGAACUGAGUCCAAUCCAACCUGUUGGCAAAUUUCUGUGUGUAAAACUGGUGGUUUUUGUUUCUUUUUGGCAAGCAGUAGUUAUUGCUUUGUUGGUCAAAGUUGGCGUUAUUUCUGAAAAGCAUACCUGGGAAUGGCAAACUGUAGAAGCUGUGGCUACAGGACUCCAGGACUUUAUCAUCUGUAUUGAGAUGUUCCUUGCUGCUAUUGCUCAUCACUACACUUUCUCAUAUAAACCGUACGUCCAAGAAGCGGAAGAGGGCUCAUGCUUUGAUUCCUUUCUUGCCAUGUGGGAUGUUUCAGAUAUUAGGGAUGAUAUUUCUGAACAAGUAAGGCAUGUUGGAAGGACAGUGAUGGGACAUCCUAGGAAAAAAUUUUUUCCUGAAGAUCAAGAUCAAAAUGAACAUACAAGCUUGUUAUCAUCAUCAUCACAAGAUGCAAUUUCCGUUGCCUCUUCUGUGCCACCCUCACCCAUGGGUCACUACCAAGGAUUUGGAUACACCGUGACUCCUCAGACUAUACCUACUACAGCUAGUAUAGCUGAUGAAAUAUAUAAUGACACAACAGGAGGGAAAAAAGAACCUUCAGAUAAAUCUGUGGCCUCCUGAACAGUGUGCAAAAGCAAACUGUGCUACUACCACGCUAUUUCAUUACCUGGUAUCCCAGUGCUCAGGAUUUUGUGCUUGGGACAAGCCAUAAAUGAUGGAAAAUUUCAACACAAAGAUAGGCAAAAGCCAGGUAUGACUACUGGAUUUAUAUAACUGCGUUUUGUACAUCACAAAUAAUCAGUCUGAAUAUCCUAGACUUAGACUUGAUUUCUUAACAUUUGAGUAUCACAUACUUGAAUGGUAGAAAAUGACUGCUAAAUGUUCCUGACGUUACACUGCUUUAUCGAGAAGAUGGACAUAAAAAAUAAUAAUGCUUCCUACCACUGCUGCAUGAAUAUAAUGCUCUGGAAUUAGCAGAAAGUAUAAUUCAGAAAUAUGAAUUAGUGGAACUUAAUCAUGUGCCAUAUAUGCUUACCUAACAAUUAUUUCUCUAUUUCUCAACUGGAUGUCUUUCAAUAAAUAAGAAUUUAUCAUUUA